AUGGCGCGCAAAUUUGUUUUAAAAAAAUUUCUACAAUCUUUUCGAGAAAAUUCAAAGGCGUAUACCAUCGAAAGUGAAAACAUAUCCGUCAUAAAACGGUUCAAUAUUCAAGGUCGCGUAUUAAAAUUUAAAGUUAAAGCAGCACCAUCACAGCUAGAGCCAAUUGAUUGGUUCAAAAACGCAAUUGAACAAAGUAUCUCUGAAGGUUUAAGCUCUGAUAAAUUUUGUAUAACAGCAACAUGUGUUAAAUUACCACAAGGAACCGGUAAAACUUUAAAAUACACAAAUUUUGAUGACGAAUGCAAACACCGUAGAGGAGUUAUUACAAUUUCAAACAGAGAUAAUUUAUGCUUGCCUCGAGCUUUAAUUGUAGUGAUUCAUCAAGUCGAAAAAUCUGUAGAUUAUAAACAAAUAAUAAAAAGUAAUUCAAAAUUGCAAACGAAAAAAGCCACAGAACUUAUUGAAAAUGCAGGAAAAGAUGUAAUAUUUGAAGGAUUAGGAACAGGGAAAAAAUUAAAUCUUUUAUUUCACAAAAACCAUUACAACGUGAUUACGUCACUUACAGCAGCAUUCAGUUGUAUAUAUUAUUGUGAAGAUUGUCAUGUAGCGUAUAAUAACAAAAAUGGACAUAGAUGUACUGGAUCAUGCCCAAAAUUUAAUGGUCAAGAAUGUUUUGAUAACCACAAAAGUUCUAGUUCAACUACAAUAAGUAUUUGCGAACUAAUACAUAAAUGUUUCAAAUGUUUAAAGGUCUACAAAAAAGAUAGACAACACAUUUGUGGUGAAUAUUUUUUCAUUAAACAACAUGAAACAACUUUAUGUGUUUUUGAGCAAAGGUGCGAUCAGUGUAUUGAUAUUGUAUCUUUAUAUUUAUGCGCAAAUUGCAAAAUUAGAAGAAAAAUAAUUGAAAAAGGAAAUAUUAUAGAAACUUUUCUUAACUACAUAUUGGAAAUGAGAAAAAAAUUUAAAAAUAUUAUAGUAAUUGCACACAAUGGACAAGCUUUCGAUCAUCAGUUUAUUUUGAAUUUUAUUUUAGAAAAAACAUCCUUACAAACUAAACUGAUAAUGAGGGGUACAAAAGUAAUAAUGAUGCUAUUGGGAAAUAUUAAAUUUAUAGAUUCGUUAAAUUAUUUUCCAAUGGCUUUGUCGAAAUUACCAAAAGCUUUUGAUCUACAAUUUAAUAUGAAGAAAGGGUAUUUUCCACUUCUUUUUAACACAGCGAAAAAUGAAAAUUAUAUUAGGCAAUUACCCUCUGUAGAAUAUUACAAUCCAAACGACAUGAAAGUAGAUGAACAAAUUAUUGAAUACUGUGUCAAUGACGUUACCAUUUUAACACAAUCUUGUUUAAAAUUCAGAGAAAUGUUCUUGAAGCAGUGUAAUGUUGAACCAUUUCUAGAAACAACAACAAUUGCAUCUGCAUGCAAUCUUGCAUUUAGAAGAAAUUUUUUAAAGGAGGACACAAUUAGUUUAAUUCCUAAACAUGGAUACAGAAACUCAGACAAUCAAUCAAAAGUGGCUAUUCAAUGGUUAGUAUGGGAAGAAGAAAAAAGAAAUAUUAACAUCAGACAUACAGCAAAACAGAAAGAAUCAUUUGUUAACGGUAUAAAAGUGGACGGUUUUUGUUCAGAAACUAAUCAAGUUUUUGAAUUUUACAGUUGUUAUUAUCAUGGACACCUUACUUGUAUACCACAUAACCGAAAUAACAGUUUGCAAGACGAUUCAAAUGAUAUAAUGAACACGAGGUAUAAAAGAACUAUUAAAAAAGCUGAAAGAUUACGAAAAUUAGGUCACGAUGUUAUUGAAAUGUGGCAAUGUGAAUUUAAUUCAUUAAUUAGUAAAGAAGAAGCAAGUUAUUUAAAAAAUCAUCCGUUAGUGCAACAUUCAGCAUUGAAUCCUCGAGAUGCUUUUUAUGGAGGACGAACAGGAAAUGUCUACAACUAUUAUAAAUGUAAAGAGGAAGAAAAAAAAAAAUAUAUAGACAUUUGCUCGUUAUACCCUUGGGUUUGCAAGUACGGAAAAUUUCCUAUUGGUCACCCGCAAAUUUAUGUCGGGGAAAGUAUUUGUUCUACUCUAAAACUAAAUAACAUGGACGGAAUUCUUAAAUGUAAAAUUUUACCACCAACGAACUUACUACAUCCCGUUCUCCCACUAAAACAAAACAACAAGUUAAUGUUUUCAUUAUGUCGAAGUUGUAGUGAAGAAAAAUGGCUUGAAGAAUGUUGUCCACAUUCAGAUGAGGAAAGAGCUUUAAUAGGAACAUGGGUAAUUGACGAAGUUGUAAAAGCUAUUCAAAAAGGUUAUAAAAUGUUAGAAAUUUAUAAAGUUUGGGAAUACCAAACUACAAAAUAUGAUAAAAACAUGGAUGUACAGGGCUUAUUUACAAAUAUGAUGAACAAAUUUAUUAAAAUUAAACAAGAAGCUUCAGGCUGGCCAUCUAAAUGUGUCACUAAUAACGAAAAAGAAAACUAUGUUAAAGAUUUUUUUGAUAAAGAAGAUAUUCAAUUGGAGCAUGAAAAGGUUCCCAACAAUCCUGGCUUAAGAUCAUUUGCCAAAUUAAUGUUAAAUUCAUUUUGGGGCAAAUUUGGUCAAAGAGAAAAUUUACAAAAAACAUCAAUCAUUAACCAGCCUAGAGAAUUGUACAACCUGUUAACAAACCCAUCUAUAGAAGUUUGUUAUAUUUUUCCGGUAAAUGAAGAAAACAUUAUAGUUAAUUGGCAGUACAAGGAAGAAGUAAUGGAUUCCUUACCAACAGUUAAUGUGUGUAUUGCUGCUUACACAACAACUCAGGCGCGAUUAAAACUGUACAGUUACUUAGAAAAACUUCAAGAAAGAGUCUUAUAUUACGAUACUGAUUCCGUAGUGUAUAUCAGUCGUAAAGGGGACUAUGAACCUUCAGUAGGAAAUUUUAUUGGUGACAUGACAGAUGAGUUAGAAUGUUAUGAAUCUGUGUUAAAUCCGAAAGCAGACAACGAAAUUUAUAUAUUAUCACAAAAUAUUGGGCGCAACAAAGAACACAAAGUACUAACGGUUCCGCAAAUAAAAGUAUAUCAACCGAAAUCAGAAAAACGCAACUUUGCUGUAGAUGGUAGCCCCCUUCCUUACGGAUAUAAGAGGUUAAAACAAAACUAA